AUCAAUCUCUUCCUUUCGCAAAAGUCCAAUCCAAUUAACCAUCUCUCUCUUAUCUUCUCAAUGGGAAAUGCAGCAUGCUUCCAAUGCAACAACAACACAAACUCAACCUCUUCAUCAGUGAAGCUCAUAUUCUGGGAAGGCACAGCAAGAUCCUUGAAAGGAAGACACAUAGCUGGUGAGAUCAUGUUUGAGUUCCCUGACAUGAUGGUUUGCCAUGCAGACUCUUUCUUCAUUGGACACCCCAUCCCAGCUUUGUCGAUCGAUGAUCAAUUGAUGCCAGGUCAAACCUACUUUGUCAUCCCUCUCGAUCUCCUGUCCAGCGACACGCUCUCCGUGUCCUCGCUCUCUUCAUUCGGCGGAGGAUCAUCAUCAAGCCCUAGCAACAACAUCAACAAGUCCCCUAUCAAGUUUGGAUCAUGCCCUUUUCAGUACUUGAAGGGUUCUGAUGGAAGGGUCUUGAUCAAGGUCAUGCCAGAGUUCAUCACGAGCCUCAUCAACAAAGGGAUUAGCAAUAAUAAUGGAACCCUUGGUAGUGGUAGCCCCUCUAGCCUGUGUAGUACUCCUGAACUGCAAAAGCACUAUGAGCAGCUCGUGAAGUCAAAGAACCAGGUGUGGUCACCUAAGCUUGAAACAAUUUCAGAGUACAAGAUUAGGUUUUCAGUUUCACCUUGCAGAUACAUAGGUACUCUAGAAUGGAAAGAAAAAGAAAAGUCAGAGGAUGUGCUUACUAGAUAGUGAUCAUGUAUUAAUUAAAUCUUAGAACACAACAUCAAAUUUGUACACUUAAUUUUGAUAUUUUCAUGUAUACAUACAUUAAUUGUUAA